ACGAUCGGACGUGGUGGCGUCGUCAAGCAGCCGAAGCAGCCGAAGGGGGGAAAGAGCGCCCAGUUGCCCACACGCCCCGCCGCGCACAGAGAGAAGCGAGAGAGACAGCCAUGCCCAGCGUCUGCCCCAAAUGCGGGGAGUUUGUGGAGGCGGACGCGUGCGCCAAGUGCGGCGAGAAGGCGGUGACGACCCAGGAGAACCCGUGGAGGGCGGCGUCUAAAGUGCCCGGAGGCGACAACAUGAGCCUCCCGGCGGUGCCCACGGCCUUCACUGCGGCGGCGCGCAUCAAGAUGAUGGGGGUGCAGCCCGUGCCGGAGCCCGCGCGCAAGGAGCAGGCGGUGGCGCGCUUCAACUUCGUGCCGCAGGACCCGAGCACGCAGCUCGCGCUCGUCAAGGGCGACGAGGUGGACGUGGUGCGCAAGGACAGCGACGGCUGGUGGUUCGUCAUCAAGGACGGCGAGAAGGGCCUCGUCCCCGGCUCGUACCUGCACAUUGAGAACCCCAUCAUCCCCGUCACGGACGCGGCGAUCCUGGCGGCGCGCGAGGCCUCCAAUCAGCGAUUCCAGGAGCUCCAGAAGACCUCCGGAGGCGCUGCACAGGGAGCGGAAGCAGGCGUGGAGUACCAGUCGCCGUUGGGCCUCGAAGCGCUCGCGAUUGCGGACUCGUGCGCACCUAAGCCGCCCAAUGGACCGGCGCGAGCGGACGCCAAGUCUGGAGGCACCGAAUUCAAGCCAGGCGAGGUGCGCAAGCUGCGCAAGUGCUACGCCUGCAAGGAGACCAUUCUGGGCCGCACGAAAGUGUGCAAGGACCAGAUCUUCCACGAAAUUUGCUUGUUGUGCAAGGGUUGCCGUGGGUCGAUUGAGGAGGACGAGGACUUCACGCUCAUCAAGAAGAAGGCGUACCACGCGGACUGCGCGAAGGAUGUCAACCACUGCAUUGUGUGCGACAAGGAAAUUCUGGGCCGAGUGUACCGGGCUGGUGACGGCGCGUUCCACAAGCUGUGCAUGAUCUGCUCCGUUUGCAACAAACAGUCGAAGGAAGCUGGAGCGAAGUUGGAAAACGAUCUCCUCGUUUGCGGCGAGUGCGUUGCAGAGAAGGAGAGGAAAGAGAGGGAGGAGAGAGAAGCUGCUCUGGAACGCGAGCGGGUCGCUGCCAAGGCGAAGGCGGAGAAGGAGGCAGCUCUUGCUGCGGCUCGGGCGCUGGAGGAGAAGAAGGAGCGAGAAGCGAAGGCUGCCGAGGAGGCGGCUCGUGCGAAGGCAAAGGCGGAGGCCGAGGCUGCUGCGGCCGCGCGUGCUCAGGCGGAGAGAGAGGCAGCAGAGGCGGAAGCGCUGCAAAGAGCUGCCUCGGCAGCAGUCGCGAAUGGCCACGGACGGUCCGGAAUGGACAGCGUUCGCUCCAGCACGUCAAACCUGGACGAGUUUGAUUUAGAGGCCACACCUAUCGAUAUGGGCGGUCAGAAUGGACGAAUCUCUGAAGUGUCCGACCUCGACUCGAUUCUUAGCGACGGCGAAUAUUCUGGAUACAUGGGCACCGGCCAAAGGGAGUCGCUGCGGUUGUCGGAGGUCCUUGACUUGGAAUCUUACGGUGAUGACCGUUUGUCUGAUCUAAGCGGCAUCUCGGAAGGAACUGCCGCUGAACGAGCUAGAGCGCGCCGUUCAACUAUCGAAAGAACGGUGAAUGAAAACGAGGAGACCUUCUCGGAAGAUGAGGACGACCGCGAGCUGUGCGGCGGUUGCGGCCAAGUUCUGGAAGGAGAAGCCGUUGGCGCGCUCAACCAGUACUUCCACUACGAGUGCUUCAAAUGCAGCCACUGCACCCGUGUCAUUGCGGAAGAUGAUGGUUACGCGGAGAAAGACAACCAGGCAUUUCACCAAGGAUGUUACCAGGCUCGAUUCGGCAAGAAAUGCCAUCGAUGCGACAAGGUUCUUAAAGGAAAAGUGGUCAAGGCCCUCGACCACCUAUACCACCCGGACUGCUUCGUUUGCUAUCAGUGCAGCUCUUCCCUUCAGGCAGAGAGUUUCUUCGAACACGACGGCCAGGCUGUUUGCGCGAAGUGCAAACACGAAGCAAUCGCGGUGGAUGAACCCGGCUUCCCAGAGAACAUGACUCCGGUGUCCAAGGGCAUUGCUGGCUAUCGGUUCGACGCCCAGGAUGACACACAAUUGACUAUUUAUCCGGGCGACGAAGUCGCUAUUCUUCAGAAGGAUGAUGAUGGCUGGUGGCUGGUGGAAUUGAGGAACCAGCGUGGUUACGUACCAGGCUCGUAUUUGAUUGAGCGGCCCAUCGAAGAACCGAAGCCGCAGCCGAAGAAGAAAAUGAGUGCGUUCAAGAGUAAGCCCAAGCGCACGCCGGGACUUUGCAGCUCGUGCUCGACGCAAAAUCCGGCGGAGGCGCGCUUCUGCCGAAGCUGCGGCAACAAUCUGAUGGCCUAA